UGACCUUAUUGAUGAGCGCAAACGCUCAAUGACCCAUUUGCAUAAACAAACAUGUUCAAACAUAAACAAUGUGAAUCGGUAAUGUAUAAAAAGGAGGAGAGUAAUCCAUUUGUAUGGUUGAAAGUCUCCAUAUCAUUAUGAAAACAAUCUUCAUUGUCUCACUGGCUGUCUGCUUUUUCGCUGUUCAAACCGAAUGUAACCCCAAACCAGCGAUGAAUAAUUUGUUUCUAGAGGCUAUAAAAACUUUUGGGAACCUGAAAACAUGCGCAACCAAAGGCAAUGGACUAAUGGAGGAUUAUAUCAAAGAAGAUGAUUUGGGUCAGAAGACGAGUGAGGUUUUGAGUAUCCUUCUUCAACGAUUGAAUAAACGCAUUGCAAGGUAUUGCUCAUGAACAAACACCUACCUGUCAGUCAAGUAAUCAGCCGGUUUGUGCCAACAAAAAUGGAUGGACAAUCAACCAUUGAACAUAAUUCAUAAUCGAAUAAUUAUAUUUGUAACUAAAACGUUUCUUUCUACAUGUUUUUAAUGUGUAAUUUAAUAAAAUGUGUAUACUGUGCA